GACUGUUCAACUAUGGUAUGUAUGUUUCAUACGUGUAGUUUUUUUUUUUUUUUGGUGGAUUGGUCAGUGAUAGGGAUGCAUGAUGAAGCCAGCAGUUAGUUCAUUUGUGAUGUUUAAGAUAUUUUUGUAUGGUCUAGUGUGAUGGAUUCAGCUGGGCAUGUUGAAUACUCUCCAUGUGCCAGUAUUAGAGGUCUAAGGAUUUAGAAUUGAGGUGUAAAGUCAGACCUUGAUACGCAGAGAAAGUAUCUUGAAACCUAAGUUUCCACCAUGCACCGUGUGGGUAGUGCAGGGAACACAAACAAUUCUAUUCGAUCUCGAAAGGAGAAGAGACUAACAUAUGUGUUGAAUGGCUCUGAUGAUACCAAGCAUUUUGCAGGCAUAAAUUGUUUGGCUUUGCUCAAGUCAUCAGUAUCUGAUGGGUCUGAUUAUCUCUUCACUGGAAGCCGUGAUGGCACUCUAAAACGAUGGGCAUUGGCUGAGGAUGUUGCAACCUGCUCAGCUACUUUUGAAUCUCACGUGGACUGGGUUAAUGACUCUGUUCUUGUGGGUGAUAAUAAGCUUGUUUCUUGUUCUUCAGAUACGACCCUUAAGAUAUGGAAUCCCUUGUCUGAUGGAACUUGUACUAGGACUCUCCGCCAACACUCAGAUUAUGUUACUUGCCUUGCAGCAGCUGAAAAAAAUAGCAAUAUUGUUGCCUCUGGUGGACUUGGUGGGGAGGUUUUUAUAUGGGAUCUCGAAGCUGCUCUUGCACCAGUCUCACAGUGCAAUGAUAUGGAUGAGGGUUGUUCAAACGGUAUCCAUGGGCCUGGAAACUCCUUACCAAUGACAAGCUUACGUAGCAUUAGCUCUGCCAACAAUAAUAUUAUCUCUAGUAACGCCACUUCCAUGCACACUACUCAGUCUCAUGGGUACCUUCCAAUCGCUGCCAAAGGCCACAAGGAGUCUGUUUAUGCAUUAGCAAUGAAUGAAUGUGGAACCCUUCUUGUAUCUGGCGGCACAGAGAAGGUCGUACGUGUUUGGGAUCCAAGGUCUGGAUCAAAGACCAUGAAAUUGAGAGGGCACACAGACAACAUUCGGGCUCUGCUUCUAGAUUCAACCGGCAGGUUUUGUUUGUCAGGGUCUUCUGACUCUAUGAUAAGACUAUGGGAUCUUGGUCAGCAGCGAUGUGUGCAUUCUUACGCAGUUCAUACAGAUUCUGUUUGGGCACUUGCCAGCACCCCAUCUUUUAGCCAUGUUUAUAGUGGUGGGAGAGACUUCUCUUUAUACUUGACAGAUUUGCAAACAAGAGAGAGUGUUUUGCUUUUUACUGGCGAACACCCCAUUUUGCAACUUGCUAUGCAUGAUGAUUCUGUAUGGGUUGCCUCAACAGACUCAUCAGUUCACAGAUGGCCUGCUGAAGGAUGCAACCCUCAAAAGAUUUUCCAAAGGGGCAAUUCAUUUUUGGCUGGAAAUUUGUCCUUUUCUAGGGCAAGGGUGUCUCUUGAAGGAUCUACCCCUGUUCCUGUUUAUAAAGAACCAACCUUAACCAUUGCUGGCUCCCCGGGAAUAGUACAACAUGAAAUUCUAAAUAAUAAGAGGCAUGUCUUGACAAAGGAUACUGCUGGUUCAGUAAAGUUGUGGGAGAUUACUAGAGGUGCUGUGAUUGAAGAUUAUGGGAAGAUUUCGUUCGAGGAGAAAAAGCAAGACCUAUUUGAGAUGGUUAGCAUUCCCACUUGGUUCACAGUGGACACCAGGCUCGGAUGUUUAUCUGUUCAUUUGGACACACCCCAAUGCUUCUCUGCAGAGAUGUAUUCAGCAGACCUAAACAUUGUUGGCAAGCCUGAAGAUGAUAAGGUUAAUUUGGCUCGUGAAACCCUUAAAGGGCUCUUGGCACAUUGGGUGAUGAAACGGAAGCAAAGAAUGGGGUCACAUACUCCUGCUAACGGUGAAUUGCUAUUGGGAAAGGAAAUGACAACCAGAAGUCUUGCCCAUUCAAGAAUUGAGGUUGAUAGUAGUACUGAUCACGAUGCUGUGGUUUAUCCUCCUUUUGAUUUUUCUACGGCAUUCCCUCCUUCCAUUAUUACUGAAGGCAGUCAAGGGGGUCCAUGGAGGAAAAAGAUUACUGAUCUGGAUGGAACAGAGGAUGACAAAGACUUUCCCUCUUGGUGCUUGGACUGUGUAUUGCAUAAUCGGUUGCCUCCCAGAGAAAAUACCAAAUGCAGUUUCUAUUUGCAUCCCUGUGAAGGUUCUAGCAUUCAGAUCCUUACGCAAGGGAAAUUAAGUGCUCCACGUAUAUUGAGAAUUCACAAAGUUAUUAAUUACGUACUAGAAAAAAUGGUCCUUGACAAACCAUUGGAUAGCGUAAAUGCUGAUGGUAGUUUUGUGCCGGGACUUCAACAGCAAGCAGUUGGGGAUGGAUCUUUCCGAUCUGGAUUGAAGCCUUGGCAAAAGCUUAGGCCUUCUAUUGAAAUAUUGUGUAACAAUCAGGUCUUGUCUCCUGAGAUGAGUUUAGCCACAGUACGGGCUUAUAUAUGGAAGAAAGCAGAUGACCUUGUUCUAAAUUAUAGAGUGGUUCCAGGAAGGUGACUGCAUAAUGCAUGUGCAUUGGAGGUUAUCUUUGAUUGUGUAAAAUACUGCAGAGCAUUGAUUUUUCUGGGAGUGCCUAUGGUGACCAGUGGUGUUAUUAGAAAUUUGUAAAUUCUGAAUCCCAUUGAUCACCAAAUAGCGGCAUUUUCCAGACCUGCUUGGAUAGUGUUUUUAUUGGAAAAGUGUUCCUACGAAUUUUGAAUUUUUAUCUAGCCGGCAUGCUAUUUUCUAGGCUUGGCGGAGUCAGGGGGGGUCUGCUUCUUGCAAGAUGAAGAGUUUUGACUCUGUUGAGAAUUAAUGAUCAUGCCGGACUAUUGGGAUGUAUUCCGGGCACUAGGUAGUUAUUUAUAUAUGACAUCAAAGGCAUUGUACAUUUGAAAUGUGAAUUAUAUAUCUAGCCAUAGAAAUUAUUCUCAAGGUGUAUCGUCACGUCUCUUCCUUUCGUGUUAUAUUUAUAUUUAUUUUUUGUUUAGUGCA